AACAUGGCUGACGAGUCGGGGGAAGUAAACACAGCUGUUGAGGAUGGAGAAGCAAAACAACAGCAAGAUGAAACCGAAGUUUCUGACGACGCCAUCGAAGGAGAGUCCGGUGACAGGAGCGGGCAGGAGCGGGAGGAGAAGUCGGCUCCGGCGGCGGGAGAGAGCAGCUGGUCGGCUCCCAUCCUGUCGCUCGCGCGGAAGGCCACGGAGACGAUCAGCAGCGGGGUGAGCUACGCCGCUGCCCAGAGAAACCCUUCACAAGGCUCCGCUGCUAGCUCUCCUACUGAAAGAGAGCCCGAAAAUGAUGUCAGCAGCACUUCUAAAAAACUUCCAGUUCUACCCCCCAAAGAUCCCAUGGCAAUAGAAAGAUCCAACCUUCUCAGCAUGUUGAAGUUGAGCAUUAAAGUAUUGAUUCAGUCCUCAUUGAAUCUGGGCAGGACGCUGGACUCGGAUUACCCUCCUCUGCAGCAGUUCUUUAUAGUCCUCGAACAUUGCCUCAAACAUGGUCUGAAAGCCAAGAAAUCCUUCAUUGGCCAGAAUAAGUCUAUAUGGGGACCCCUGGAGCUGGUUGAGAAGUUGUGUCCAGAUUCUGCUAACAUUGCCACAAGUGCCAGAGACCUGCCGGGCAUUAAGACAGGUUUGGGGAGAGGAAGGGCUUGGCUGCAUUUAGCACUGAUGCAAAAGACAAUGGCUGACUACAUAAAGGCUUUGCUGGACCGCAGAGAUCUUCUGAGUGAGUUUUAUGACUCUGGAGCAUUAAUGUUGGAGGAGGAGGGGGCUGUGAUGGGGGGACUCUUGGUGGGUCUUAAUGUAAUUGAUGCCAACCUUUGUAUUAAAGGGGAGGAUCUUGAUUCUCAGGUGGGAGUCAUCGACUUCUCUCUUUAUCUCAAAGACCCUGCAAACAGUGAGACUCCAAAAGAUGACGCUAAGAUGACAGCCAUAUUAGAUCAGAAGCACUACAUUGAGGAGCUGAAUCGUCACCUCAGUGGCACCGUCACUGACCUACAGGCCAAGAUGGAUUCUCUAGAGAGGACCAACAGCAAACUUGUUGAGGAGCUGACAGCAGCAACAGACCGCAUCAACUCUCUGCGGGAGGAACAGGAAAACCUAAGAAAGGAAAAUGAGUCCAUCUUGCAGUCCAGCCAGAAGAAGGAAGAGGCGGCCCUUCAGGACAGCCAGGUGGAACUGGAGACAUAUAAACAGACUCGACAGGGCCUGGAUGAGAUGUACAAUGUAGUCUGGAAGCAGUAUAAGGAGGAAAAGCGGAUCCGCCAGGAGCUGGAGCGUGAGUUGGAGCUCCAGGUGGGCCUGAAGCAGGAGAUGGAGGUGGCCAUGAAGCUGCUGGAGAAAGACACACAUGAAAAACAGGAUGCACUGGCAGCCCUGCGUCUGCAGCUUGACCAAGUCAAGACUCUUAAUGUGCAAAUGUUCCACAAAGCUCAGGACUCUCAGCGAGAGGCAGAAAAGAAGCAGGCCGAGGCUUUGCAGCUGGAGCAGAAGAUGAAUGAUAUGGAGAAAUCCAUGAAAGAACUAGAGCAGAGACUGCAGAACUCAGAACGACAGCGCAAACAAAGUGACCAAUCAGACAAAGAUAUGAAGGUGGAACUGGAAGGGAAAGUCGAAGCUCUGCAGAAACAACUGACUGACCUGGACACAUUAAGGCUGGGUUUGGAGAAUGAACUGCGUUCAGAGAGGGAGCAGAGACAAAGCCUGCAGAAGGCUCUGCAGCGGGAACAGGACAACAGCAUCGAGCUCCGCACACAGCUGCAACAACUCCAGGGCCUGCAAGCGGAGCUGCAGGAUUUGAAGCAGGAGAAGCAGCAGCUGCAGCAGACAUGUGAGCAGCAGGAACAGGCUCUGCAGGAAAUGGGACUUCAUCUCAGCCAGUCUAAACUUAAGAUGGAGGACUUCAAGGAGGUAAACAAAGCUCUAAAGGGCCAUGCCUGGCUUAAAGACGAUGAGGCCACUCAAUGCAAGCAAUGUCAGAAAGAAUUCUCCAUCGCACGCAGAAAGCAUCACUGCAGAAACUGUGGAGACAUCUACUGCAACAGCUGUUCCAGUAAUGAGCUGGCCUUACCCUCCUACCCUCGGCCUGUGCGGGUGUGCGAUAUGUGCCACGCCCUCCUGCUGCAGAGAAGCUCCUCCACAGGUUCCUGACAAAACACCUACAAGAGCUUUCUCACACAGUGUAACCAUCUGCCAUGAUUACUAAUGACCAUGUUACAGGAAAGCGUAUCAUCAAAUCUUAGGGAAAUCUGAUUUGGUGUUCGGUUUCCACCGUUACCUGAAAUUCAGGAACAACAGUUAAUCUGUAUUAAACAGGGGUGACAUCUAACACUGAUGGCAUGAGCUAAUAUACUUUAUACUGACUGUUAAAGGAGACCAGCUUAGUAUAAUCAUGGGAGAGCUGUUUCUUUAUGCUGGGAAAACAUCAGUUUGACAUUUGGUACCAUAUAAAAUGAUCCUUUCAAAGGUAUGUAAUUCUUCUAAUUCAAACAGCGUGUAGAGUAGGACCCGGGGCAGUGCCAUGAAGUGGGAUCAGAGGGUAAGCCUUCUCUAUCGAGCCUAAAGUUUGUUUCAGGGUCCUACAGCUGGUUCAUUAAAAAAAUGCUGAAUCCCAACCCCAAAGUCAACAAAAUGGGCAGACAACACAGCAGUUACUUUACUCACUUUUGGCUUAUUGUGAGCUGUUUAAGCCUACAUCGCCUUUAACAUUGCCAUUCUUUAAAAGGAUCCACUUCCGCUUUGUGCAUCUGUGCUUGUGACCGUUCAUGAGGAAUUACACUGUCUCGAAUCCCCCCUCUAUCUUGCUGAGGCCAUGGAAGUGUUCUGUGCUUGAGCACGACAUGGAGCACUCACACUAGUAAUGCAAACUGAAUUUUAGGGUCAGAUGUGCCUGGUCAUGUUGACUCAGAUUACUAAGUGAGUGCCUUCACACAAAUCUUGGUUGGUGCCAGGUUAUGUUCAGAGCUUCAGCUUUCUAUCAGCUGUAAAGUGUAGAAAUGUCCUCAGAUAGUACAGUUUGACAAAUUCAGUUUAAAUUUCUGCAGAUGAUCUAUACAGUAAAAGAAUCAUGAAGGCAUAUCCAAAUAAAUCUGUUUCUAUCAUUAUAAAAAUUCCAUAUAAAUAUGGUUUUAAAACAAAAUUAAAAUGAUUGUAUUUAUGCAUAAUUUCCUAUUAAUAAACCGGACUUUGAUUUGGCCAGAUUAAGUUAUUUUUCUUGUAUUUUACAGAGCUGUACUAUCCAACUUACCCUUGCUUACAGUUCCAGACUAUAGCACUGAAAUCUCGUGUACUUUUAUUUGUUCCAGUUGUUCUGUUAGAACUACAGUGGAGGCACAACCAGAUUGUGGGAUGGAAAUCUUAAGUUUAUGAAAUGGCCCACGCCAUCUGUGAAGCAGUAAUUUUACUAUAACGUUUUUAUUCAUUAUUGACUUAAAAGUUCCUCUUCUUGUGACACUUCAAAGGGAGUAAAGCCGGACUUUGAGAGAUUAUAACCAGCUCUGUGAAAAUCUCAACAACUUCAGUUUUGUUGAGCUGUCUUACUCAAAAAAGCCAGAUUAGGAUGAACUUGCUUCGUGGCACUACCUUGUAGUCCCCCCAGCCACUGUUGGUGUGCAGCUUUUGUUGUGGAUCCUUUGUGUAGCUGGUUUUUAGACCUAACAUGUAAUUUACUUUGAUAUUGUUCAUGUUGUCAUGCAUCUUCUAUGUAACAGUUUUUACUGCUGUGGCCCCACUGCUGGAAACAUCAAGUUCUUAUGUAAAUGACUGUAGAAUGUUAACAAAUCAACUAUUUUAGAAUGUAUUAUAACACUGAUUUUGUGGAUUGUGUUAAUUGCUACAAAGCCAUUUUCUUAAUUGGACAAUGGUGACCAAAAGUUUUAUAUCUAGAUAUUUGAUAAAUGAAUUAAAGCGCCUGUUUCUCAAA